AUGUCAUUCAAUUCAUUUUCAUCGACACCUCUCUCCAGGGACUCAUCUGAUAUUUCAAUUCAUAUCAACAAUGAUUCAAACCCAGUUUUGGAACAAGGAUUGCGAACUGUGAAUCGGGUACUUUCUACCCAGGCAAAGGCAAUUGACUAUUUGAGUCGUCAGUAUGAAAGGUCUGAAUGGUCAAAGAAUGAAAUUAAAAAGUCAUUAAGAAUUAUGAAUAAUGGCCUUAAUGCAGGAGGUAAAAUUAUAAUAUCUGGUAUGGGUAAAUCAUACAAGAUUGCUGGAAAAAGUGUGGCCACACUGAACUCACUCAGCGUUCAGUCGGCUCUUUUACACCCUUCGGAAGCUCUUCACGGGGACCUGGGUAUCAUCCGGGAAGAAAGAGGAGAUGUGUUACUUAUGAUCUCUGCAUCGGGAAAUACCCCCGAGCUUCUCAAUUUACUCAAUUAUAUUCCAGAGACGGUACCUAUUAUAUUAGUCACGUGUACUAAGCACUCAAAACUGAGUAUUCUUCCUAGGAUUUCAUCAAUGAUUUAUGCUGAACUUCCCAAAAGACUCUCUGAAAAGAACUUGUACGGGAUGAGUGCGCCAACCAUAUCAACAACACUCUGCCUCACUAUUCUUGAUGCCACAUCCAUGGCACUAGCCGAAGUAUAUAUCAAUGACCUAAAUAUUAGAAAGAAAAGGUUCGGCGAUAGACAUCCAGGCGGAGCAAUUGGCCAGGAGACAGCUGUAGAGCGCUCGACUGCAUUUUCUCAACUCAAAAUUGAUUCUUCUACUCAGACCAGCAGUACUGGUAGCAGUAAUAGUAUCAGCUCUGCUUCAAGUAUUUGUGAAUUGAGAAAUAAGUCCCGAUCCCUAUUAGAAGAGGAAACAGAAGAUGCAAUUAAUCAGGAAGAACCAAAGGAGGCCGAUGCCUUUUCAGUGUUGGAUUUGGUUCUUCUAAAUAAAAUUAAGAAUUCAAACCAUGUAAUAACAAUCAAUACGUUGCCAGACCAUGAUGAACUUAGGGUUACAAGCUUACUUAUAGCAUAUGAUUACAUUCUUAUUGACCACAAAAAUAGUCAUGAUGAGUCCACGACCAAGUCACACAUUAUGCAAGUUCUCGAAUGCUCACUGGGCCAGCAAGUGUACAGAGCAGCCAAAAUUCAAGGUGAUGACUGGUCUGAUAUUAAGUGGAAAUUGGAGGACGUAUUGGUUAAAGUAUCGUUUUAA